GUUCAUUUCACAUCUUACGAUGUUGUCGUCAUCAGGUGACUGACACUUCUUCAGAACCAACAUUCCAAUCGAAGUCAUACACCGCCAUCCAACAUUGUUCAACUCUAGAAACAGAGCGAUAAAUUGAAACAGUCAUCGUAUCUGCUAUAACAAUCAAGCUUAUCAGCGCCGAAGAUGCUCAUCAUGUUUCCAAUCCCAACAUUUAUGACCAUGCUGCUCAUUUUCCAUGCGAUUCAGGCGACCAAUAAUACGGAACGCUCUUCUGCACGAACAAUUCCUGUGUUCUCGACCGAGGAAGCAGCAUCCAGCCAGAACUCUAACCUGGGCAACCAACCGUCAUCCAUCUUGCAACCUGAUGCCCAGGCUUCCGACGUGAAUUGUCCUUCUAACAAGCCAAGCUGUGAAGCUACAGAUUGCGAUGGUGAUGCUACUGAAUUCCGCUGCCGAGCUUCAGGAACAUUACAGACUUGUCCUUGCUGUCCUCAAUCAGAACUUCCAUCGUGUAAUUCCCAAAUCUGUAUGGCACAACUACCCGUGCUUCUCUGCACGAUUACUCUUCUCCAGGAUUGCCCGUGUGAAUAUUCCUUGGAGCCCGUUUACCCGCUUCAUCAAUACACGGAUGUGCCUUUCUCCACGGAUGAAGAGUUGCGCCAAACACAACUUGAGUUUCAGAAGCUCUUUGAGGAGAGGCCGGAAUUGAGGCCGCUCUCGAAGGAGUGGUAUGAGAAGAGGAAGAGGGAGGGAAGACCUGACCAAGUGAGUGCUCUCGAUGGAAGCAGCGCCGAGCUUGGGACACAAGGAGCUUUGGGUCUAGAUUAUGAGUCUUUACAGAGAGGUGUAUUUGCUAAAUCAUCUGGCGGUUCACUUUUGUUGUCUCUGAAGGAUUGAUACGUCAGCUGGUAUCUUGGGAAGGUCUGAGAGCAUCUGUCGCGAUGUACAGAAGGAUACGCGGCCAGAAAAGCUGUAAUUUUCUAAGCUGCCUGGAAAAGGCUGUUUCGUAGCACAUUUCACGAGGUUUGGAGAGAAGCAAAGAGUCGGUCUCAAUAGCUGUGCAAGAUGAAAACAAUUCCUGAACGAAGGAGCAUAAUUCACGAUUCUCUAUCGAUA